GUUUCGAGGGGCUCCCCGGAAGAAGACGUGGCGGCGGUUGGGGCUCCCGUUCGCUGGGCGAUCUCUAGUCCCGCCGCCUCCGCCUCCUCUCUAUGGGCCAAGGAGGCAGCGACGGCGGUGGCGGCGGUGGCUGGAGAAAGAGGCGGCGGAGGAUGGAAGAAGGAGGCGGUGGCGGACGGAGGCUGGUCCCGGGCGCGCCUGUGCUGCUGGUUCUCUGCGGGCUCCUGGAGGCGUCCGGGGGCGGUCGAGUGCUCCCUCCGCUCAGUGACGACAUCCCCUUCCGAGUCAACUGGCCCGGCACCGAAUUCUCCCUGCCUACUGCUGGUGUUUUCUAUAAAGAAGAGAAUUAUGUCAUCAUGACAACAGUAGAUAAAGAAAGAUAUAAAUGUAUACUCCCUCUUGUAGCAAGUGGAGAUGAGGAAGAAGAAAAGGACUAUAAAGGCCCUACUCCAGAUGAAUUAUUGGAACCACUGUUUAAACAAAGCAGUUGUUCGUACAGGAUUGAGUCUUAUUGGACUUAUGAAGUGUGUCAUGGAAAACACAUUCGGCAGUACCAUGAAGAAAAAGAAACUGGUCAGAAAAUAAACAUUCAGGAGUACUUUCUUGGGAACAAGAUAAAAAAGAAUACAAUGGGUGAAACAGAAAAAGAAGAAAAGGAAAAGGAAAUAUUCAAAGAGAAUUCAAAGGAGAUUCCCACUAAAAAUAUUGAAGGUCAGAUGACUCCCUACUAUCCUGUGUGGAUGGGAAAUGGUACCCCUUGUAGCUUGAGACAGAACCUCCCCAGAUCAAGUAUUGUGAUGUACAUCUGUCAUCCUGAAGCAAAACAUGAAAUUCUUUCAGUAGCUGAAGUUACUACUUGUGAAUAUGAAGUUGUCAUAUUGACACCUCUGCUGUGCAAUCAUCCUAAAUAUAGGUUCAGAUCUUCCCCAGUGAAUGACAUAUUUUGCCAAUCACUCCCAGGGUCACCCUUUAAGCCUCACAAUCUGGUACAGUUGGAGCAGCAACAAGAAGUAAUGAAGAUCCCUUUUAGAAGAAUUAAAGAGGAAGAAAUGCAUUCUGCUAAAGAAGACAAAUUUACCUCCGUCCCAAAACCAGUUGCUCUUGGCACUCAUCAACUACUCACUGUUGGAACAACACACAUCUCCAAACUGACUGAUGACCAACUUAUAAAGGAAUUUCUUAGUGGCUCUUAUUGUUUUCAUGGGGGUGUAGGUUGGUGGAAAUAUGAAUUUUGUUAUGGUAAACAUGUACAUCAGUACCAUGAGGAUAAGGAAGUUGGAAAAACAUCUGUGAUUGUGGGAACAUGGAACAAAGAAGAGCAUAUUGAAUGGGCAAAGAAGAAUACUGCCAGAGCCUUUCAUCUCCGUGACGAUGGUACACAAAUAGUUAGGAUGGUAUCACAUUUUUAUGGAAAUGGAGAUAUUUGUGAUAUAACUGAUAAACCAAGACAGGUCACCGUAAAACUAAAAUGUAAAGAAUCAGAAUCACCUCAUGCUGUUACUGUUUAUAUGUUAGAGCCUCAUGCCUGCCAAUACAUUCUUGGGGUAGAAUCUCCAGUAAUCUGUAAAAUUUUAGACACAGCUGAUGAAAAUGGACUACUUUCUGUUCCCAGUUAAAAGAUUAGUGAAGUCAGAAGAAUGAAGAUUAUUAAAAAUCACCACAAUUUCUACUUUCCAUGGCCAACGAAUGGCCACGUUAGAGAGUUCCUAUCCAAUGGAACGUGACAGGACUAUUUAAGGGGACUCUUUGAACCACUUUGUGAAUAUAUAUGUGUAUAUAAGAGGUUAUUGAUAAACUUUUAAAGCAGA